UCGUCGUGACGACACUGACGGCACUUGAGAUCCACCUUAAGUUCCGUUCGCUAGUGCUCACUAGUAAGACAAUUCGCCUACUAGUGCGACUGUAAGAUGUUAUUUGAAGGAUGCGGAAUCAACGUUUCAACGGCUUUCCGUACGCUACUAGUAUGCAAUGCCACGAUACAAGUGCACAACAACACAGGACUUGACAUUGCUGCACUUGGCAUACAAGUUGGAGAAGCCUGCAGGGGUCGCCGUCGUGGUGUUCUAACUCACUGCCCAUGAGACAUUGUGAUUUCCUAGGAAUGUUGUAGAAGUGAUCAAAUGCUUUAUGGCAUAUUGAUAUUGAUCAAUUUCCUAAUUAUUGUGAGAAAUCUGUAACAUGAUCAGUGUCUUCACAUAAAUGAUCAUCAUGAAUGAUUAAAUAUUAAGAUAUUGGAGAAUAAGAACAACAUAUUAGUCAAGGUCAUUUGACCUACGGACACACUUUUGUUUUUUAUAUGCGAUGAAAUCCUAAAAUAAAAGAGCGGCAAGUUGCGUAAGGUCAAAUCUGAAAGCGAGAGAGAGACGCCAGCGUUCGCGUCAUGUCCGCCGUCCUGCGGAAGAAAAACUCAAACCACUCAAAGCGUCCAAAAUAAAGCCACGAACGUUGAAAUCGAACAUGUAAAUACACUUACAAAAAUGAGCUUGAUGUGUUGUUUUCUAUUCUUCUACAUUUGAAUAAAUUCCAAAAAUAUUUGUCUUUGUUCAUCUGUUUCCUCUCAGCUUUCAGUACAGGUGCUUGAAAACGAUGAACAAAUAUAUUGUGAUCGUUUUUUGGGGCCUCACCACGAUGGCGCGUCGGCAUUCCACGAUUGGCGUUCGGUGAAGACGGGUUGGCGUUACGUGAAGGAGCGUGCCGGCAUAUUAGCGUCACGUGAGGGCCUGUUGAUGUGACGUAAUUGACGUUCAAUAAUUGGCGUUAUCCGAUUGGCAUCGUGUGAUUGGAGAGCGUGCGCGCGAACGGCGGAGAGAUUGCGUCGGCAGGGACGCGUGAGGGGGCGGGGCUUUUGUCAGAGGUGAGGGACGGCCGAGAGAGAGAGAGAGAGAGAGAGGAGGGCGGGGGGCGAGCGGGAUGCGGAUCGCCACCGCCGCGCCGACGAGGAGGAACUCCGGCACGUCCUCGGUCGUGGGAAUCGCACAGCGGGCGGCCGGAACGAAACAAAAUGGAGCGAGCGGACGACGAAGAGGGAGGAAGACUCGGGAUGCCGCAGGCGCGCUUGCCCGGUAACCACGCAACAAGCUAACUACUGGAGCUUCAAGCCUCGACCGGCCUCGCCCCAUCGUACCCGACGUUCUCUCGGGUCAGCUGAGCGACAGAGAACUUGGAGGCGAACCGGCUUUUGCCGCUGCGGCUCCAAAACCGGAAUGCUUUGCCACGCCACGUCAGACCAGCCUCAUCUUUGUCUCAUUUUAAAGCCUUGCUUAGAACAUUUCGGGCUUUUAACACCAGCUAGCGGGUCUCAUGUGAUGUAUAUGUGUUGUGUGGGCAGCGCAUUUUACUUUGUCGAUUUGACCUACUUCUGUUUUAUUUUAUUGUUUUUAUCCUUCUUUUGUAUUUGUUGCUGUGUUUUUAUUUAUUAUGCAUUGUACAGCACUUUGUUUAAAUUCUAAAUAAAGUGGAUUGGAUUGGAUUGGAUUGAAAUAACAAACUAAUAGCAAAACAUGAUGAAAAGUCAAUACAUCGUAAAGAAGGUGUAUUAUGUGUUGAAAAGUUCCACUAUACGUUUGGAGUCUACCCUUGUCAAAGUCUCAGCGAAACUAAUGGAUUGCACCACAAGGGGGCGCUCGGAGGGCGUACUUGCAAAAGUAGCUCAUGUUUGAGAAUGACACAUGACCAGAGAGAGCCAAUCACAAGCGUGGGCUUUAGAAGGAGGGCGUCAUACGGAGAAAAAAACUAACUUUUGUGGCACUUUUGCAAACGUCACCAACUGUAAUUUAAUGACAGUUUACAAUUGUGUAACUUCAGUCAUUAAAUUAUGCAACACUGUUCAUAAUGCUAUUUUUUGAUUGUAUGACUUAUAAUUACUUAAAUCGUAAUUAUCGAGCCAAUUAUUUAAUACAGUAAAAAUAAGUGUUAUAGUCUGUUUUACGGGAGGCACGGUGGGCGACCGGAUAGCGCAUCUGCCUCACAGUUCUGAGGUUGCGGGUUCAAAUCCGGCCCCGCCUGUGUGAAGUUUGCACGUUCUCGUCUCUAACUUUCUCGUAGGUGUGAAUGUGAGUUCCAAUGGUUGUUCAUUGAGAUGUGCCCAAAAGAUCGCUGGGAUAAGCGCCAGCAGGCCCGUGACCCGUGACCCGUGACCCGUCAGGAGGAUAAGCGCGACGGAAAAUGGAUGCUUAGUUUGUUUUACUCGUAGUUUUAUACAUUGUUUUUCUUCUUGCUUUGAAUUACACUGCAUGUCCUCCAGUAGAGCUCAGUGCUGCCCGGCAAAAUGUUGUGGCAAAAUGUGGUACUGCACUGAAGGCUGAAGGCACGGGAGUGGAUGUUGACUCCUCCCCCUCAGGCUCCCACAGACAUCGAUCCCGUUCCCUCCCAAUCCAAAGACACAAUUUGGCACAAUCCCGAUCCCUCGCUCCCCCCGCGACCUUUUAAUCGGCUCCCGCUCCUGCCCGAUCGCCUGAUUAAUCGUGCGAGUCGCUCCCAUCCCGCGGGACCCGCUCGGAAAAAUCAAAAAAUGCACGCACGCGCGCGCGCGCACACACAAGACGAACGUGCGCUCCCUCAGAUGGCGUCGCAAAUGAGUAAAGGAUGUUGCGUGGUUUUGCUGAUGACCGCGCCCAGCGCCUUCACGUGAGGGCCAAGAAUUGUGUGUGAACGUAACCAUGGCAACAAGACCGAGCGCGUGGCUUUCGGCCGCCCCCCGACUGCAGCCGGCAAGAACUUUAGCGGCUUUCCAGGAUUUAUCGACUCUUCGUGCCGCUCGCCAGCUGAUAUGGGGCAGCUGGGAAAAUCGCCGCGCGACGGGCACCAAGAAGAAGACGCGCGCGCGUGUGUUUGGAACCAUUCACCGGUUCCCUCCUCGCUCAUCGCUAUUCAUCGUCACUUUAAGGCCGAAACCUCGGAAAUGUCCUCCAUUUUCUCAAAUGGACGCUAUUGAUCAGUUCCCACAUGGGGCUGUUAUUUUGCAAAAUUACGUGUUGAAAAUGUUUGACGAUGCAUCGUUAAAGGCUCAACAAUUGUUUUGGGGUUUUCCUGAAAAGCGAUUCUGACCGACGCCGGCCAUAUAUUAUACGGCUUUUAAUGAAAUGAGUGGAUUGACUGAAAAGUCCGAAAGGCGGAUUCUUGUGGGAACUGAACUAACGUGAAGCCGCGGCAGACAGAGACGUCAACUUGACCAGUUGCAAAUGGAUCCAAAUCCAAUAUCUGCGGCCCCCUCUUCGCAUCGAAUCGGCGCGGGCGUCCCCAAAUUGUUUGCGCUCUGUCUCGGUGCUCUCAAAAAAGACGACCGACUGUCGACUUUCUGCUUGUUUGGCCUUUCAAAAAUCCCGAUACGGUGGACACCCGCUGUUUUUUUUUUUUUGAACCCCAAGCCAAACCAAAUGGGGGGGAUACCGCCAAUAAAAAAAGUGAAAAUAAAUUGGGGGGAAGAAAUCUGCCAAUACGCGAGUCGGUCGGCGCUGAAUGGCGACUACGCGGGCGUCCGCUCCGUAGUGAUGAGUCGCAAGUAUUGGAUUCAUCGUUUCAGCCCUGAAGUCGACCAUCGACAAAUUGCUGCUUGGUGAAUCGGCAGAUGAAAUGAUGAACGCUUGUCCGGAAUCAUUCGCUUCCCUCCGAAGCUCGUCGGCGCUAUCUUGGUCCACGAUACGAAAAUCUCGCUCGAGCGGUUUGGGGAAGGAGCGAAUGAUUUUCGCCCGAGUAACGCGACGUGAUUUCGAUGUUGUCGUUGUGGCGGCGGCAGAGUCGGACGCCGCGCCCCAGCCCGACGCGGAACGGCCGAGUUUCCUUCUCGCCUCGCGAGCGUCCGGGCGUCAUGGCGGACCGCGACGUCCCCGGCGGCUUCAGCCGCGCCGACCGACUGCGCCAGAGUCUCCCGCUCGCCCGCUCCUCCGCCAACCCGGCCAAGCUGCACACGCCAGGCGUGCUCUUCCUGCAGCUGGGCGAGGAGACUCGCCGCGUGCACCUGACUCACGAGCUGGGCAGCCUGGACACCUUGCGGGCGCUCAUCGUGCACAUGUUCCCGCAGAGGCUCACCAUGGCGACCCUCAGGUCUCCCAGCACGGCGCUGCUGAUCAAAGACGAGAGCCGCAACGUCUUCUACGAGCUGGAGGACCCGCGGGACGUUCGCGACCGCUGCGUGGUGAAAAUCUACUGCAAGGAGCCCGCCGUCUACGGGACGCACCCGGGACACCGCGACUCGCGCCUGCUGGCCAACGGCGACCUCAGGCGCGAGAUGGUGUACGCCCCCCAGGACUCACCCCCCGGCCAGCGCCUGGGCGCGCCGGCCACGCCCUCGCCGCAUUCGUCCUCGCCGCCUCAAGGCUCGCCGUCGAGGACGCGCUUCCUCUUCGGCGGGGGCGGCGUCCGUCCCUCCUCGUACGCCGGGGCGGCGGGGCGGCGGCGCGCCGCGUCGCCGGCCUUCGCCGCCUCCUCCGGCGCCAUCUUGGAACGGCGCGACGUGAAGCCGGACGAGGAGGCGGGCGGCGCCCGUGGCGUGAUGCUGCUGCGGGCCGACGAGCGCGGGGGGGGUGGCGUCUACGCCGACCCCUACUCUCUGAGCCUGGACGCCCGCGUGGGGCUCGCCGGGGCGCCGCGCUCGCCGCUCCCCGGCCGCGCCGACCCGUACGGCUCGUUGUACCGGCGGGGACCGGGCGGGGCGGCGGUGUGUUCCCUGAUGGAGGGCGGCGGCCUCUACCGAGCGGGCGGCACCCUUUACGACGACACCUACGCGGCGUCCGUGUUGGCCGUGGGUCUGCGCGUGCCGGCGCUUUCCUCGCCACAGAAUAUUCCUGACGCGCGCGACGCCUACGCCGGCACCCUGCCGUCCCGCGGCUCACCCGCCAGGGGGGAGCGACGGCGCGACUCGCUCGUGUCGUCCGCGGGCGGCGACAGCCCGAGAAGUCGCGGGCUGACCUCGGAGCAGCUGUGCCUGAUGGCGGCAGUGGCAGGAGGGGACGUCGACGGGGUCAGAGGAGACGAGACAGAAACCAGGGAGCGCAUGGAGGUGAUGGAGAAGCAGAUCGCCAGCCUGACCGGCCUCCUGCAGCGAGUUCUCAGCAGAGCGCCCGAAGACCACAGCCCGGACAAAACGGAGUCAGCCAGCGAUGGCUCGGGGACCGACCCUGGACGUGCUAAAAAAAAAAGAGCCGCGUCGCCGUCGGGCCCCCUGGCGCUGAUGCCGCCGCCGCCGCCGCCGCCCUCUGACGUCGGCCAGCCGCCGAACGUGUCCCGCGCGCAGAUGCAGCGCCACCUGCUGGGCCUGCAGCAGAGCACCAAUGUGCUGCGUACGCAACUGUCGCAGCUGCGCAACAUGCAGCUGUCCAAUCAGGAUUGCGCGGUGGCGCUGCUGAGGCAGACGGAGGCGGAGCUGAGCGUGCUGAUGCUGGACGCUGCGCGCACUCAUGAGGAUCCUCUGCAGAGACAGCGCCUCCUGGUGGAGGAGGAGCGCCGCAAGUAUCUCACCCAGGAGGAGACGCUGGCGCACCAGCUGCAUCUUCUGUCCUCCUUCCUUACUCCUUGCUCCUUCUUGCCUUAUUUUCCUGCAUCCUUCCUUAUUUCUCAUUUCCUUCCUUCCUUCUCUCAUUCUCUCCUGCCGUUGACCUUUGACCUCCCCGCCAGAGACCUGGAGCGCUGGGUAGAGAAUCUGCAGGAGUCGCCGAACGUGCGGCCGAGAUCGCCGGUGAGCCAGCUGGACCUGCGGCAGAAGACGCAAGAACUCAAAACGCUGGCGGACACGCUGGACUGCCUCAAGAGCCAGUUCCCGGGCCUGCAGAGCAAGAUGCGCGUGGUGUUGCGCGUGGAGGUGGAGGCGGUCAAGUUCCUGAAGGAGGAGCCUCACCGUCUGGACGCGCUGCUGCAACGCUGCAACAGCAUCCGAGACUCGCUCGGCUCGCUUCGCAGACAGGCCAGCGAGAAGGAGCAGGACGACGCGCCCAGCCGAUCGCAGACGAGCUUUCCCCUCAGCCUGACGGGCAACUGGAUGCCAGGCUGUGCCGGCGAGCAAGACAAGACGCCUUCCGUGAGCUUCAGAAGUCGCGUCGGGUCUGAGAAGAGCCUCAACGCGCAGGCGCACGUGUCCGCGGACGUCACACUGGCGGCGGAGCGCGACUGGGAGGAGAAGCGCGCCAGCUUGACGCAGUUCAGCGCGCAGGACAUCAACCGCCUGCUGGAGGCGACGCAGGCCGAGCUCCUGAAGGCGCUCCCGGACCUGGACUUCGCCGCCAAGACCGCCACCAAACCCGCCGUGCCCCCCAAACCCCUCGUGGGCGUCGCAGGCGAGCCGACGGCGGGCAAAGUGCAGCUGGCGGCGCAGAAGCUCAACAGCGUGGAGGGGGCGGCGCCCCCGCGAGGAUCAGCGGACAUGGCCGUGGCCAGGUGCCGUGCGGAGAAGGCGUCCAAGUCUCCGCCGCCGCCGCCGCCGCCUCGCCGGACCUUCCCGUCGGCGCACGCCGCCAACCGCGCCGCCGGCGUCAACAACAAGAGCACCGAAAUGGAGGACGGCGAAGCGCCGGUCAAGCUGAGGAGGACGCCGUACGAAGUGCCCCGCCCCGCCUCCACGCCGCCUACGGCGGCGCCGUCGGGCCUUCGGGACGACUACGACGGCGGCGGCGGCAUCGAGAAGGAGACGGUCGGCGGUUCGCCGGCGUCCGUCAGAGGUCCGACGGUGGCGGCGCGCCUCAAACAUCUGGAACAAGGAGGACGCAAAUCCAAAGAGGAAGUCAAAGCGUUCCCGGGGAGCCAGCAGCAGGUCUUCCACUUCUAGAACGCGCAGUGGCGUGCGACGGGGGCGGUGGCCAGGGUGGCCGUCUGCCCUUGGCCGCAGCUUUUUCUUGGUUUUUUUCUGGAUGCAAGAUGGCUUCUUUUCCUUGUGUGUCCUUGUUUGGAAUUAGCUUCAUGCUAACGUGCAAUAAUCCCUCCUCGCCUUUCUUCUUCUUCUCCAUCUUUUUCUUCUUGACAAGACUCAGCCAACUAGCACUCAUGCUAGCAGCGCUAACGUUAAAAAUAAAGAACCACAAAAUAAGCACGCCCUCGCGAGAGGCGCCGAGCCCCGCUCGUCUCAUCUGCGUGCGCUAAGCGCGAAGGACGCCUUCGGUUCGGAUCAGCCGGGACGACGUCUGCGGUAUUUCACAUCAUUUGCACGACGGUUCGUCUGUAGUCACGGCCUCAUCGUCAUAUCGUUCCACCAAUAACGGUAAAGACACGAGGAACAAAUGUUUUCUAAUUUCGCAAAUGUAGUUUGAACGGCUCCCGUGCUCAAAAAGCGAUCGACGAUUGAAGCAUUUCGGCCGGAAUCGAGAGAGACGUUUCGUGUCGGGCCAACGCAAAUGUCAUCUCGACAACGAGAUUGUCGGAAAUACAGAAACAACUUAGUAGAAAAGGAGCCAGUUGCACAAUCAGCAUGCGUCGCCCUUCAAAUUGGGCAGAAAUCAUCCCGACCACUCGCGAAAACAACUUGACUGCCGAGACGCAGGCAAAUGCGUCCGUCCGUGUGUGGGAAACGCCAACGUGUGUGCUACUGCAAAAUGGCUGCCCGAUCCCGCCGGUGGAUGCCAGCGACAUCGGGAGGCCGCCGCCGCCGCCGCUUUUGUCAAAACGGAAACUAGGAUGCAUUUGUGUUCGUCUUAUCCCCCAAAUGUCCUUUAGAUCUUCCCAAAUGACAUUUUGCCAUUCAAAGUUUGAAAUGUCUUCAGCCCGCUCGCUCAAAUCGAAGGAAGCUGAGCCCGCGUCGUCAGCCGACCUUUAACCUCCUCUUCAUCCGUCUUCCGUCGGCGGUCACUUCGAAUGACAAACCGUUGGAUGUUGUUGUACAAAAAAGGCAAAGGCCAUCUAUGUUUUCUACUUGUUUUCUAUUUUUCUACGCACGUCACACAUGGAUUGUGUAAAUUAUCAUUUUGAUGAUUUAGAGAUGUUGAAUUUUUCCCGCCGCCCGUUUUCGGCCGCAUCCGCACGUUGAUCGUCUUAUAGCUUCCGUGGAGUUGAUGUUCUCAAUCGUCAGAAUUAGAAUCCUUGUCAGAAGAGUAAGAUGAAAGUGGCAUGAAAAGUGUGGACAUGUGCACGCCGACUACUUGGAGCGACGAUAACAACGAUCAUCGUGUUCAUUAUGCCAUCGCUCUGUCGUCAAAACUUGAGUGUAUCGUGCUAUCUGAUGUGCAGCUCGAUCCAAUUUUCUAAAUCCUUCCGAGUGGGAAUAAAAGGAAAAGCGGAGUGUGAA